CAAGGUUCAGGUGAAACAUCUGUGUCACCUUUAAAGGGUUUUUAACAUGAGCGUUUUCAGUGCCAUGAUCAUAAUGAAGAAGUUGCACAAUUUUGCCUUUAAUUUUCAUACGAAAUAAAUAUAUAUUAUAUUCCCUUAAAUUAUUAUAAAUAUUUGUUCAUUUCUUUUGUGGAAAUCAAACCAAUCUUUCAUAAUAAGUUUCAUUAAACCUUCAGUAAGUAGCCAAGAACCUGUACCGUAAGACCAUGAGUAGACCAGAAGGGACGCAUCAAUUUUCAAAGUGCGGCUGGCACGACCGGGUUUUCACAAACCACGGACCACAUGACCACUGUACCUCACUACUUAUGACACACUCAAAUGUUCUUCGUUAAUCUCUCGUCAGAUAGAGACGGCAUCGCACCGAGCCAUGGAGAAGCUUGUGUUGGUCUUCCUCCUUUGUUUUCUGGUGUGUUUGGGCACAGCUCAGCAACAUUUACGCGCAGGUGUGGGACCGUGGAGACACCGGAUUCAGUGGGAGAACAACGGUCAGAUGUACAGUCUGCUGAGCACCGGGACCCAGUACCGCUCCCCAGCACAGACCAGGAGACGCACCCAGCUUUUACUAACGACUAAGAACAGUUUCAACAGAGUGAACCUUCCUUUAGCGCCCAGUCGACCCACCAGAACCAGAGCCGGACUCCCAGGGAACGCAGUCUGGGUUCACCCACUCCAAAACGACCUCGGUCCAGUGGAUGCAUCUGUCCUUAGUGCUGAUGCUGGACAGUAUUUACUCGCCCAGGGCCGACCAGGGUCACCCGGGCGGUCUCCACUAAGAAUGAUCCCUGCCGGAGAGGCUGUGCCUUCGGGAUACCGUCCACACCAGGGUCCGUUGAAUAGCACCGCUGCCGCACUCCAGGAGUUCUCUGGCAGCGGGGUCCCGCGAGGUGGUCGGAGUACACCAGGAACUGAAGCUGGUGCACAACAAGUCCCCGAGAGCUCUGAUUCAAAUGCCCGGGCACCUGCCACAUCUGGGUCGGUCUCCAUGGCUGAGGAUGGCGGCAAUGCGCGUCGCAUCCUUCAGCAAACCCGUGUGGUUGAGGCGCCCGUUGCGCACAGUGCGCCCUCGCAGACAAGACUCACCCCGGAGUCAAACGUAGUUCCCACUGCGCCGUCCGGCAACUCUGUAGAAAUACACUUUGGUCCCAGGCCGGAUCAGGCACGGACUACAAGUGACCCAAGAGAUCCGCACAGUAUCCAUCACAGGAACUCGGUUUUCUACAACGUUUACCCACCAGAUCGCAGGAACAGGAUCACAGCGCGUCCUCCGCCAGGAACCGGCUAUGGCACCAGGUUCUUCCACAAUGGUCUUCCCGACUUGGUUCCUGAUCCUUAUUACAUCCAGGCUGCCUCUUACAUCCAGAGAGUGCAGAUGUAUGCACUCCGCUGUGCUGCUGAAGAGAACUGUCUGUCCAGGUCCGCGUAUCAUCCAAGUGUGAGCGACCUCGACUACAGGGUCCUGCUGAGGUUCCCACAGCGCGUGAAGAACCAAGGAACAGCUGACUUCCUCCCAGUGAAGCCCAGACAUGACUGGGAGUGGCACAGCUGUCACCAACAUUACCACAGCAUGGAGGCCUUUAGUAACUACGACCUGCUGGACGUCUCCACCGGACAGAAGGUGGCUGAGGGACACAAGGCCAGCUUCUGUCUGGAGGACACGUCAUGUGACCGGGGAGUACGUCGGCGCUUUGCCUGCACCGCUCACACACAGGGGCUCGGUCCUGGUUGCUAUGAUACGUAUCACGCAAACAUCGACUGCCAGUGGAUCGACAUCACUGAUGUGCCGCCAGGAAACUACAUACUCAAGGUGACAGUGAAUCCCUCCCAGCUCGUCCAGGAGUCGGACUUCUCCAACAACGAGGUUCUCUGUGACAUCACAUACACAGGAGGCUAUGUCCAGGCUAGGAACUGCAGGAUCACAGUGAGCUGACCUGACUGAAGACGACAACUUCACCACAGAAAUAUGUAGUAUAUAUAUAUAUAUAAGUGUUUACUGUUAUCAUAAUUAUCUCUGUUUGUAUUUAUGACAUGAUAUAUUAUAGCGUCAGACAAGCUGGAGUGAUGCUGUCUUUUUUGUUGGAUUAAAGAUUUUCAACUGGUAUUUGCUCAAUUCACUCAAAACAGAACAAAAACAGUCCUAAAAAUGAUUUAAUUUGUACCAUGUGACUGAAUCAGUGUUUACUCAAAAGGAAUCUGUGAUGCUCUUCUUCUUUGAAAUUUAAAAGCCUUUUCUUUUAUUUGACCAAAGUUCCUCUGUUAAAUGUAUAUGUAUCAUGGACAAUGUAUGUUACAAUACAGAAAAAGCAAAUACUCAUAUAUAUGAAUUUAGAGCAUAAUUCUGUGUAGAUUUUUCCAGCAGUGUCUCUGAAAAUGUUUAGUUUGAAGGGUUUUAAAUGGUUGAAAGGUUGUCUGCAUUUUUAUUGUAUUUUUAAUAAAGAUUGUUUUAAGUUUUUUGGGAAACAAAAGUACUAUUGAAGACUAUUUUUCCCUUUGGAUUCUAAAGAUCGAUGGGUUUAAAGCUUAUUAUAUAAAUAAAAUUAAAAUGAUAAUAAAAGGUAUUCAGUUCAGUUCAAUUUUCAGAGCCAAAUCAUAACCUAAUAAGGUCAUGACCUUAAAUUUAUAG